UCAUAGCGCUAUUCUAGCUUCGCAACUUUAAAAUUCCUCCAUUUUUAAGUUUCUACUUUCAUAACGUAUCCAAAUAUGAUGGAGUUGUAGUUUAGGUCUUUAAAACCACUGCCACGAUUGUGUUACUUUUCGCGCGUGCUGCUCCAAAGCCCCCAACGGCAAAUAUCGGUGCGCAUUUACGGCAGUCGGUUUCCUCGGAUUGGAUUAUACUUCGCUUAAUACUUAACUCUUUCCGGUCAUAACUCCCUCCAGUCAGUUGACGGGGGCGUGAUGAAGAUGGUGAUUUCAGGUGGUCGCCGCGAGACGGUUCAUUUCGACAAGAUCACCUCCAGGAUCCAGAAACUCUGCUACGGACUCAACAUGGACUUUGUCGAUCCAUGCUUGAUCACCCAGAAGGUGAUAAAUGGCCUCUACCCCGGCGUGACCACCGUUGAACUGGACAACUUGGCAGCUGAAACUGCUGCGACAAUGACGACGAAACACCCCGACUAUGCCAUUCUGGCAGCGCGCAUUGCCAUCUCCAACCUCCACAAGGAGACCAAGAAAGUGUUCAGUGAGGUGGUGGAAGACCUGUACAACAUGGUGAACGAAAAAACCAGGCUACGUACGCCCAUGAUCAGUGACGAGACAUACAAGAUUGUCAUGGAGAAUGCAGAGGCCUUCAAUUCGGCCAUCAUCUACGACCGUGACUUCAACUACAACUUUUUUGGGUUUAAGACAUUAGAGCGCUCCUACCUGCUCAAGAUAAACGGGAAAGUGGUCGAGCGGCCCCAGCACAUGCUGAUGCGCGUCUCGGUGGGCAUCCACGGGGCGGAUGUGGAGAGCGUGCUCAACACGUACAACCUCAUGUCGGAGAAGUGGUUCACCCACGCCUCGCCCACGCUCUUCAAUUCGGGGACUCCAAGGCCGCAGCUCUCCAGCUGCUUCUUGCUCCAAAUGAAGGACGACAGUAUAGAGGGUAUCUACGACACCCUGAAGCAAUGUGCGCUCAUCUCCAAGUCUGCAGGCGGAAUCGGAGUCAACAUCCACUGCAUCCGCGCCUCAGGCAGCUACAUCGCUGGGACAAACGGCACGUCCAACGGUCUUGUGCCAAUGCUGCGCGUCUACAACAACACCGCACGCUACGUCGACCAGGGAGGCAACAAGAGGCCCGGAGCAUUUGCGAUGUACCUGGAGCCAUGGCACGCGGACGUGUUCGACUUCCUGGACCUGAAAAAGAACACGGGCAAGGAGGAGAACCGGGCACGGGAUCUCUUCUACGCCCUCUGGAUCCCGGACCUGUUCAUGCGGCGGGUGGAACAGGAUCAGAUGUGGUCCCUUAUGUGUCCCCAUGAGUGCCCUGGCCUGCACGAGGUCUAUGGACAUGACUUCGAGAGGCUAUACACCAAGUACGAGGGGGAGAAGCGCUACCGGCGCCAGGUGCAGGCGCAGCAGCUGUGGUACGCCAUCCUGGAGUCGCAGAUAGAGACGGGCACCCCGUACAUGCUGUACAAGGACGCCUGCAACAGCAAGUCCAACCAGAAGAACCUCGGCACCAUCAAGUGCAGCAACCUGUGCACUGAGGUCAUCGAGUACACCGCGCCGGACGAGGUCGCGGUGUGCAACUUGGCGUCGAUUGCGCUGAACCGCUUCGUGCACGAAGGAAGCUUCGACUUCCAGAAGCUCCGCGAGGUCAGUCAGGUGAUCACCAAGAACCUCAACCGCAUCAUCGACAUCAACUUCUACCCCAUCCCCGAGGCAGAGAAGUCCAACAAGAGCCAUCGCCCCAUUGGAAUCGGAGUGCAGGGUUUGGCAGACACAUUCAUCUUGCUGCGGCUGCCCUUCGACUGCGAGAAGGCUCGUCUGCUCAACAAGCAGAUCUUCGAGACCAUCUACUAUGGGGCGCUGGAGGCGAGCUGCGACCUGGCCAAGGAGCUUGGCCCCUAUGAGACCUACCCAGGUUGCCCGGUGUCCCAAGGGAUCCUCCAGUAUGACAUGUGGGGUGUGACGCCAACAGACAUGUGGGAUUGGGCUGCUCUCAAGGCAAGGAUUGCACAGUACGGCGUUCGCAACAGCCUUUUGCUGGCACCCAUGCCGACGGCGUCGACAGCACAGAUUCUUGGCAACAAUGAGUCGAUCGAGCCAUACACCAGCAACAUCUACAGCCGGCGGGUGCUUUCCGGAGAGUUCCAGGUGGUGAACCAGCACCUCCUCAAGGAUCUGACGGACCGCGGGCUGUGGAACGAAGAUCUCAAGAACUCCCUCAUCGCCAACAACGGAUCUGUCCAGGAGCUGGACAUUCCCGACGACCUGAAGGAGCUGUACCGGACGGUCUGGGAGAUUCCUCAGAAGAACAUCCUGCAGAUGGCCGCAGACCGGGGAGCGUUUGUGGACCAGAGCCAGUCGCUGAACGUGCACAUCGCCCAACCCAACUAUGGGAAACUCACCAGCAUGCACUUCUUCGGCUGGAAGCUGGGCCUCAAGACCGGCAUGUACUACCUGAGGACGAAGCCAGCAGCCAGUGCAAUCCAAUUCACAGUUGACAAGACUGCACUGAGGAAAAAAGAACAGAUGAAUGCUGUCACCUGUUCUCUCAAAAACAAGGAUGAAUGUUUGAUGUGUAGUGCAUGAUCACGCACGAGACGGUCCGCUCCAACUUGCGCCAAUCCAGUCUGCACUUCGGUCGACUUGUUUCUGUCGUGUCCUUAAUAUCCUUUUUUGUGCAUUUAUACUUGCGGACUUCAGUUUCCUUGCCUUUGGACGGAAGUCAAUUUUUCUUGUAUUGCGGUUGUUUUUAUUGUCACCACUGCACUUUUUUAGCUGUGAUGCCCACUUAAUUUUUUCACUAUUUGUAAUGGAUAAUGUGUUUGAACAGUGUUUCUUUACCAGUCUUUGAAAUCAUUUACCUAUUGUGUUUUGUACAGCAUCUACUUUAGAGAAGUCACUGCCAGUUGCAGACUGUGAUACCUCAUAUGUUUGAUGCCUCAAUUGUUUGGUUAUAUUUUUUAAAGAACAGUCUGCCAUAAAGAUGCUUUUUUUUUAGUUUUGUAGGUAAACCAUUUACGUAGCUCCAAAGGAUAUCUGAAAACAUGUUUGUGACUUUGCAGAAGCAGAGUGAAGUGUGUUCUUGUGCACCCAGAGAAACUUCUACAAUUUGUAGAGCAAUUGAGUUUUGCGGAGAAGAUUGGUGUUGCUGUCGAGUUAUUCAGCAGAAUAUCAAUAGACUUUGCAAGUGCACGCCUACUCGGUUUUUAAUCUAACUUUUAUUUGCUAGAGCAUUUAAAGCUUCUAUCACCAAAGCCGUGCACCCCAUGGCAUUUUAUACUUUAUUUGAAGUCGGUAGCAAAAGUUUGCGGGGCACGGGAAGCCGAAAAGACUGGCUGCACCUCCUGGGGGCGCGUUGCUGCUCUCGGGACUUUUGUGUUCGCAGUCACGUUUUCUUUGCUCGGUUCCACCGGACGCGGCACAGUCACCCAUUACGGUGGCGGAGGCAGACACCCGGCACGACUGCCGACAUAGCGGCACCUUGCACCGGUCCCGGCUAUCUCAUGCACAUUGGACAAAAGCAAGUAAAAGAGACGCAACUGUAAGCACAAAAGAAGGCGAAUUCUUGAAGCAUGAAUCUUGAGAACGGCCGCGCACCGUCAAAAGGCGCACAACCAGUCAUUUCAGCUGGUGCUCUCUCAAACUUUCUGCCGACGGUACUAGUGGAGUAUUCGUCUCGUUUUUUAUGCGGAGUUUGUGGCUGGAGCAUAUAUAAGGCAAAACCGUGUGCUCUAUGGUGCUUUGUAGUUCAUGUUUUAAUUAAGUACUCUUUUUUUUUUUUUUCUGACGAAAUUUGGCUUGGAUGUUGGUAUUCUGUCGCAACAUUCACCUCUAUUCGGAACACUGUUUUGGCUUGUUCGAAUUUUUAAUUGAUCACUAUAAAGUAGACAUGAUGCCAUGAAGUUCUUGCAUCGUUGAAGCAAAUUUCUGCAAAUAAAAGCAACAUUCACUAUUA